AUGUCCCCGUUCGACUUAAGUCCGGGCCCCGAAGGCUCCGGCUCGGGCAGCGGACCCUCGGGAGCGUCCCAGCAAUACGUGCCCCAAGGGGCCGCUUACCAAUGCACAUCAGAUCCACAGCCGUUCGCCUACGCUAAUCUGGACGCUUCAUAUCUGUUUCCUGCAGGUGCCGGAGGAGAACCGGGAGCGUACCUCCCAGCGGCCGGUACGGUGUGUGAUCAAACUGACACAAAAGACGUGAUAGAAGAACUCUGUCCUGUUUGCGGGGACAAAGUGAGCGGAUACCACUAUGGGCUGCUCACUUGUGAAUCUUGCAAAGGCUUCUUUAAGAGGACCGUACAGAAUAAGAAGGUGUACACAUGUGUAGCAGAACGUGCUUGUCAUAUUGAUAAAACCCAGAGGAAACGAUGUCCCUUCUGCCGUUUCCAAAAGUGCCUGGACGUCGGAAUGAAGUUAGAAGCUGUUCGAGCGGACCGCAUGCGAGGCGGUCGCAAUAAGUUCGGACCAAUGUACAAACGAGAUCGCGCCAGAAAACUGCAAAUGAUGAGGCAGAGGCAGAUCGCUGUUCAGACCCUCCGCGGCUCACUUGGCGACGGCGGCCUGGUCCUCGGAUUCAGCUCGCCUUACGCCUCAGUGCCCGUGAAGCAAGAGAUCCAGAUACCGCAAGUCUCUUCGUUGACGUCAUCGCCUGAAUCCUCACCAGGACCGGCGCUAUUGGCUGCGCAGCCGCAAGCGCCCCAAGUGCCGCCGCCGCCCGCGCACGACAAGUGGGACGCCCAUUCCCCCCAUUCCGCCUCGCCGGACGCUUUCGCCUUCGACAAUUCCGCAACAGCAGCCGCCACACCGUCCAGCACGGCCGAGGCCACCAGCACAGAGACCCUCAGGGUGUCACCGAUGAUCAGGGAGUUCGUCCAGACGAUCGACGAUAGAGAGUGGCAAAACUCGCUCUUCGGCCUCCUCCAGAGCCAGACGUACAACCAGUGCGAAGUGGACCUGUUCGAGCUGAUGUGCAAAGUGCUCGAUCAAAACCUGUUCUCGCAAGUUGACUGGGCGAGGAACACGGUGUUCUUUAAGUAUUUAAAGGUGGAUGAUCAAAUGAAGCUGCUGCAACACUCGUGGUCCGAUAUGCUGGUGCUGGACCACCUGCAUCAGAGGAUGCACAAUGGCCUCCCGGACGAGACGACGCUGCACAACGGUCAGAAGUUCGACCUUCUGUGCCUGGGCCUCCUCGGGGUGCCGUCCCUCGCCGAUCACUUCAAUGAGCUGCAGAACAAACUCGCGGAGCUUAAGUUCGACGUACCUGACUACAUCUGUGUCAAAUUCCUACUGCUCCUGAACCCUGACGUGAGGGGUAUCGUAAACGUGAAGUGCGUCCGAGAUGGUUAUCAGACGGUGCAAGCAGCGCUUCUGGACUACACGCUUACCUGUUAUCCUACGAUACAGGAUAAAUUUGGAAAAUUAGUAAUGGUCGUGCCUGAGAUUCACGCGCUUGCAGCCAGAGGCGAAGAGCAUCUAUACCAGCGGCAUUGCGCUGGCCAGGCCCCAACACAGACUCUACUUAUGGAAAUGCUACACGCUAAACGCAAGCCAAACGGAGGCGAAAUGGUUAACCGGAAUGCUGAGCACACGUCGACUCUAGACCGAUUGUGCGGUUUCCUGCCAAAUGACACGAUUGAGUCGCAUUCUCCUAUAUAG